AUGGGUUCAGGCAUGGGCUUGGGCUUGGGCUUCCCCCACAGUGGCCCGCUGUACAGUCCAACAGUAAACCUUACUGGCUCCGCUCCUCCCCCACCCCCCCGCUCCCUUUCCCCCACCCCCGUCCCCCUCCCCCCCCGGGCCAACCGCUCCCGUCCCCCUCCGGUACAGGAAGACGAGGAAAUUCGCUCCUCGCGCGUCCAUUGGUCCGGAAUGGCUGCUCUCGUGUACUUCCGCUCCCACCAAAGCCGCUGUACCGUACCAAUAACUCUCGAGUUAGCGAAAUCCGUCCAAGCCCCGAGUGCGAAAUUCCUAAGUAUCAUGAGAGAACAUGGGGCUGGGCGUGGCAUGGGGCCUCCAAUUGCAAGCGCGCUCGCGGGGGUAGGCCGGGGCGGGGGGGCGGCGGGCGGGCCUGCGGUUUCGGGCGACUAUUAUAAAUGCAGGUCCAGGCGGUCGCCUCCCGAACUCGGAGCAAGUCCCUAA